UAUAUUAUGACAUAUGUCAAUAACGCAUGUAGAUUGCACGUAGAUCGUAGUUAGUGAAAAAUUGAUAAUAUGAAUUUACCAUUCAGAAUAAUAUUUUAAGUAGAUUACCACGAAAAUAGAUUUCACAUCUAGUAGACCAAUCAAUUAAUUCACAUUUAUAAUGACGCGGUUUGCUCGAGCUAAAGGCUCAAAGGCUUCUAACCUUAAAGAUCCUGAAGACAGUACACCAUGGGAAGUAAUGAAAGAACAGCUGGUUAAAGCGAAAAAAGAAAGCGAAGAAUCAAAAAAGCGAGAAGAGGCAGAGCAGCAAAGAAUAAAUAAUUAUGAAAACUUCCUUAAAGAACGAAGAGUUGAAAAACGAAAGGCUGAAUGGUGUGAUUUCCCAGAAACAAAGAAAACACAAAAUGAAAGUAAACCUAGUCCUGAAAAGAAAAAGAAAUUGAAAAUCAACAACAAUGUUAAUAAUUCAGAAACAGUCAACCCAGAAGUUUCGUCUGAUAAUUCUAAAAAGAAGAAUAAAAAGAAAAAUAAACAAAAGAAUAAGACUGGACAAAAUAACACAGACAAUGUAGAAAAUGCAGAUUCCUCACAAAGUUUAAUUAAUGGUACUGAUGGUCAAAAAUCGUCAAAUAACAAUGAUACAAGUGAGCCAAAUGAUAAAUUUAACAAAAAGCCUAAUAAUUCUGAAAUGCCUCAACCAGAGCAAGUAGGUAAGAAUAAGAAAAAGAAAAAUAAAAAUAAUUUUGGUGCCACAGAAAACAACACUGUAGAGAACAAAUCAAAUCAAACUAACACUCAAAACAAUCAACAGCAGCAGCAUAUGCAAGCAAAGAAAAAGAUAAAAAUGGGAGAUGGGCCUGUAAGAAGAAAAGAGAUAACUGAACGUAGUUUCAAACUCAUAAUUAACGGCAAAGACAUUGAGUUAGUUAGAUUUGAUGGUUUUCCAAUCAUGAAGAGAGAUGCAGACAGGCUGCAAGAAUUGAAGAAUAGCAUGAUUAAAAAAGGCAUACCUAAAAGUGAAGUUCAAAGGACUAUGAAAUUGGAGCGAAGACGGGCUGAGAAAGCAUUGGCGAGAUUGAAAAGGGAUGUAUGCUACAACUGUAGGAAAGGAGGCCAUAAUCUGUCAGACUGUCCAGAUCUUAGGUCCAAUAUACCGGGAGUGGACUCGGCUGAUGGGGUUUGCUUCAAAUGUGGUUCAACUGAACACAGGCAAAAUGAAUGUAAAGUACAGAGGGAUAAGGAAUUCAGAUUCGCCACUUGCUUCAUUUGUAGAGAACCUGGUCACUUAGCAAGGCAAUGUCCAGACAAUCCCAAGGGUCUCUAUCCAAACGGGGGAAGCUGUAAGCUCUGUGGUGAUGUCACACAUUUGAGGAAGGAUUGUCCAACAGUGUCCGAGCAAAAGGAAAGUACUUCAAUAAAACUGUCCACUUUAGAUACAUCAGACAAUAUUGAGGACAUAGGACAGUCUGUAAAAUCUACGGUCUCUACAGAACCUUCCAAAAAACCUAAGAAAGUUAAGUUUUAGUUGUAUUCCAUUUGUACAUAAUAUUUUGGUUUUAUGUAUAUCAAAUAAUAGACGCAAAUAUUGGAA